GGAACACUUGCCGCCAGGGACGCCCCUAAACGCUACAUUUAGUGGGGGGGAAACCAGCAGAUUGGCAGCAAGGGCAGAGCAACAGGCACCCGAAAAGCAUCCCGGCAACAACCGCGCAGGCGCGCCCAUCCGAGGCGCGGAGCAUACGUCGGGGGAGGAAAAGACCACUCGUGAUUGGACGAUGGUCAGCCAAUGAAAACAAGCCCCAGGCUCCGGCCAAUGAAAGCUGGGCACCAGGUUUCCGGGCGGCCAAUGAGGGAGAGGCCUUGGCGAGCGGGAGUUUGGCGCUGAGGAGGCCGCGGCGCCGAGAGUGAGACGGCGCGGAGAGGCGGGCGAUGGCGGGCGUGCGGGAUCGCGAGAUACGCCAGCUCCAGAAGGGGAAGGGGAAGGCCCAGCGGAAAGGGGACCUGAAGGAGGAAGCCACCCUCUGUAACCAGCUGGGGGGGAUCUUGGCUCACCAUGGGUGCUUCCAGGAAGCCUUGGAGGAGCACCGUCAGGAGCUGCAUCUCCUGGAGAGUGUUGAUGAUGUCAUUGGCUGUGCCGUGGCCCACCGGAAAAUCGGGGAGUGCUUGGCUGAGCUGGAGAGUUAUGAAGCAGCGUUGAAGCACCAGCGCCGCCACUUGGAGCUGGCCUGCUCCCUGUCCAAUCACAUUGAGCAGCAACGGGCCUGGGCCACCAUUGGCCGCACGUACAUGUUCAUGGCUGACAGCAACGACCAGUCAAGUGAGGCCCUGCAGGAGGCAGAGAAAGCCUUCAUGAAGAGUCUGGCUAUCUUGGACGAAAUGCUGGAAGGUGAAGUGCCACAGCGGGAAGCGAGCGAGAUGAGAGCACGACUCUACCUGAACCUUGGCUUGGUCUAUGACGGCCUGAAAAACCCAGCCAAGCACGCCUACUACAUCAAAAAGAGCAUCUAUAUCUCUGAGCAAACUCACCUGUACGAAGAUCUCUACCGGGCCUACUUCAAUUUGGGCAACAUCCACCUGCGGGAGGGUGAGCAUUCGAAGGCCAUGCGCUGCCUGGAGAGGGCGCGGGAGUGCGCCUGCAAGAUGAAGGAGAAAUACAUGGAGAGCGAGUGCUAUGCCAGCAUCGCCCAGGUGCUGCUGAGCCUUGGAGACUUUGUGGCUGCCAAGCGCUCUCUGAAGAAGGCCUACCUCUUGGGCUCCCAGCAGCAUCAGCAGCGGGCGAGCGUUUGCCGCAGCCUGCGCUAUGCCAUGAAGGUGAGCCACCUGCAGCAGGAGCUGGAAGAGGCAGAGGCCGCGGGCAACCUGCAAGUGGCCGUGGGCCUUUGUGAGCACCUGGGAGACCUUUUCUCCAAAGCCGGGGAUUAUCAGCAGUCUGUGGAGGCCUACGAGAAGCAGCUGUGCCACGCCCAGUCUUUGAAGCUCUCGGAGCAAGAGCUGGCCGUGAUCCACUUUUCUUUGGCCACCACCUUUGGGGACCUGAAGGACCAUGUUCGAGCGGUGAAGCACUAUCAGGCAGAACUGGCCCUGCGGCGGGGGAACCCCCUGGAGGAGGGGAAAACGUGGCUGCACAUUGCCCUGUCGAAGGAGGAGGCCAACGAGAGCUACGAGGAGCUGGAGCGCUGCUUUCAGACUGCCCUGUCGUACGCAGAGGAGGCCGGGAACGCCAAAGUGCAGCGUCAGAUCCUACGGCACUUGCAUGCCUGUCAGCAGAGAUGUGGGUGCUCUGAGACGGCGAGCACACUGGCCAGGCUGCAGGACCUCUGUCGCUCUCAGGGCCGGCACUCGAAUGGGGAGAUCAAUGAGGAGGAGGAGGAGGAAGAGGAGGUGCAAAGCAGCGAGCUGUUGGAAGCAAGCGACCUGGAGCUCUCUGACAGUGAUGGAGAGGACGACAUGGAGGGCUACAGCAAAACUGUCCCUGGUCGGCGCAGAAUCAACAAGUGGAACCAGCGGAAUGACCGGGGCGAGACUUUGUUGCACCGCGCCUGCAUUGACGGGAACUUGCGCCAGGUGCAGUUCCUUGUGGAGAAGGGUCACCCUCUGAACCCCCGGGAUUAUUGUGGCUGGACCCCACUGCACGAGGCUUGCAACCACGGGCAUCUGGAGAUUGUGCGUUUUCUCCUGGACCACAGCGCCACCAUUGAUGACCCUGGGGGGCCUUUAUGUGAGGGCAUCACCCCGCUGCACGAUGCCCUGAAUUGCGGCCAUUUUGACGUGGCUGAGCUUCUGAUCCAGAGGGGGGCGUCGGUGGUGCUUUGCAACGCCAAGGGCCUGAGCCCCAUGGGCACUCUCCGGGCGUGGGUGCAUCUCUACGGCAGGGAUCUGGACCAAGAAACUCGCCAGCGCUGCAAGGCUAUGGAGGGCCUCCUGAAGAAGGCCCUGGCCAGUGGAGCUCUUGGGAAGCAGGUGUGUGGCAUCCUGGGGGUCUCUGCUUCUACCCCUUCAGGCUCUAAGACACAGACUCGCCCGGAAGAGCCAGCUGGCCAGCGAUGUGAGGCAGAACUCUCCCCGUCCCCAGCUGCCUCCCCUCUAGAGCCCCUUAUAAAGCCCCCCAGUCCCUACAGGAGCCGGAGGGAGCCUCACGAGGACUGCAUGGCUCCCCUGAGGCCGGUCAAGAAGAGGCAGCGGCUGCUUGGCCAGGACCUGUGGGGGGGGCAGGAGGAGGCCAGCACACCGGCUGCCCCUGCCGAGUACCAGGCUGCCAUACGGGGUGUGGGCAGCGCCCUGCCCCACCUCCUGCCCAGCCCCGAGCAUCCCAGGCCCCCUUCUGGGCCAGCCCUGAUCCCCCCGGAGGAGUACCUGGGGGAGGACUGGCUGGAGGACGACCUGGGGGUGACCCGGGGCACCCGCAAAAGAAGCCGCUGGAGCAGAGCCCGGGAGGAAGCCGGGGCCGAGGCGGAGGAGAGCCCGGGGGUCGAGAGCGACGGGGGGAUGCCCCCUCAGGCCCCUGACGCUACCAGGAGGAGGCGGCGGCGGCGGGCCAGGCAGAGUCGCCUCACACAGAUUGUAGACAGGACCCCGCUGGGAAGGACCCGAGGGGCCAUCGCCUUGGUGGGGAGCCUGGAGCCUGCGGAGCCCAGUAACCUCCGAGGGGCAGGCGGCAGCGGUCAAGUCAAUGGUGGGACUGCUGGGGCUGGAGAGAGCCCCCCCUUGGAAUCCACACCGUUCCCUGCUCCCCCACCCCCGAUCCGGGUGCGAGUUCAGGUGCAAGACAAUGUCUUCCUUAUCCCUGUGCCACACAGCAGCAGUGAGGGUCGCCCCGUCUCGUGGCUGGCGGAUCAGGCCUCCCAGCGCUAUUACCAGACCUGUGGGCUCCUGCCGCGCUUAACCCUGAAGAAGGAGGGGGCCCUGUUGGCCCCCCAAGACCGCAUUGUGGAUGUCUUGCAAAGUAAUGAGGAGGUAUUGGCUGAGGUGCAGUCCUGGGACCUGCCGCCUCUUGUGGAGAGAUACCGGAAGGCCUGCCAGAGCCUGGCUGUAGGGGAGCACCGGCUGCUCCUGAAGAUGUUGGAGCAGCAGGAGUCGGGCCCGUCCUUCAGCGUCUCUGGUGUGGCUCUGCGUCGCCUCCACCUGACCCCGCUCCUGCGGGCCCUCAAGCUGCAGACCUCCGUCCGGCGCUUAUGCCUCUCGGGGACUGGCCUGGGCGACAACGUGGCCCAGGAGCUGCUCUCCAGCAUCAGCACCAUGCCCGGCCUGAAGCUGCUCGACCUCUCGGCCAACCAGCUGGGCCCCGAGGGGCUGCGCAAGCUGGCUGUGGGGCUUUCCGGCCCCGUCACCUUCCAGAACUUGGAGGAGCUGGAUCUCAGCGUGAACCCCUUGGGCGACGGCAGCACCCAGUCCCUGGCCUCCCUGGUUCAAGCCUGCCCUGUCUUGAGCUCGCUCAGGCUGCAAGCCUGCAGCCUCACCACGGCCUUCCUGCAGCACUACCGCCCCCUGCUGGCGAAUGCCCUGAAAGGAGCUGGGCACCUCAAGAGGCUUUCUGUGUCCCACAACCUGCUGGGCUCCAAUGGCCUUGAACUGCUCCUGAAGAGCCUCCCUGUGGAGACGCUGACCCACCUGGACAUCAGCUCCGUGGGCGCCAGCCCAGGGGACCAGCAGCCUCUGCAGGAGGCGGUGGCCAGGUACCUGGCGCAGGAAGGCUGUGCUCUCACACACCUGGCUUUCUCUGGGAAUCACCUCAGUGAUGAUGCCACUGCAGAACUGGCCAGGUGCCUCCCCAUCUGCCUGCCUUUAGUCUCCCUGGAUUUGUCUGCAAAUCCUGAAAUUGGCAUUGUUGGCCUUCGGACGCUGCUACUAGCCCUGGAGGAGCGGAGUCGCGGCCUCCAGUUCCUCAACUUGUCUGGCUGUUCGGUGAGAGGGCCCCUGGACUGUGUGACAUGGACAAAGCUCUCCUCCAAGGUGUGUCAGCUACGGUUGUGCACUCGCCACCUAAGCCAGCGCGAUCAGCAGGGCAUUGCGGAGCUGUGGCACGGCCCAGUGGGCACCUCCCUCCACUCAGUCACAAGGCACCACAAGCUCUUCUGCCAGUGUCUGGAGUAGGGCUUCUCUUGCAGGAGGGCUGUAGACUUCACCCGUGAUGCCUUUUUCUGAAGCUCUCAAGACAACACGGGCUCCAGCAGCGUGUGGGUUUUGUCUCCGAACCAGCUCCUGCUGUGCUGGAUGCCGCGCUGGGCGAAAAGCCCUGUCCUGUGCCAACAUGAGCCUGCCAGGUGCCAGAGAGGGCUGCUGACCCUCUCUCACGGGGUGUCAUGCAGGGAGAUGGCUCAGUGUCGAGAGGAAGCGGCUGCUGUCUGCCCUGGGAGGGGCCAAGUCUUCCACGUCCCCCCAGUCAGCUGCCACUGUGAAGACAGCUGAGCUUGGUUGGGUGAAGAAGGGAGAGGGCUACACAACACUGCUGUCUUGGGGCAACUGUUUCCUGCUGGUGUGGCCCAGUGGCCCCCCAGCUGUGUGUGAUGCAAUUUCCCAUAUUUAUUGACCAUAAUAGCUCCAGAAGACGUUGCAUCUUCUCUCGUAUGUUUGUGUCUUUCAAGCGGCUGCUUGUCUCACAUGGGCAAAGCAAAAGCAGUGCUGCUGCAGAGGGUGGGGUGGGAAGCGGUGCAGGCCUUGCACCUCCAAGGAGAAACCGCAAGCGGCUUCAUUCUAAAACCUUUUGGGAUAUGGAAGCAGGUAACCCAGGCUUCAGAGCUGCCUUUGGGUCAUGCUGUGUCUGUAUGGCUGGGCUGGGGUGCGGCGUAAGAGGAAAGACACUGCAGCUCUGGGAUACUGCUUGAACGUAAGAAAUAAAGUAGAGGCCACAAUUUCUCACUUUAGAAAGAGGAUUUAUUUGCUUCAGAUGUGCAGAAUCUGCCUUGCAAAAGCAAGACCCAAUAAAGAUGACCACCACACAGGCGUUGAGUGCCCUGCUCCUCUCCCUUCAGGCUCCAAGGAGAGGUCGCUGUCACCAUUGUUUGCCUUCUGUCCUGGUGCAACAUGAGACCUCCCCCCAAGUUAGAGCAAUGGUCACAAACACUAUGCAAUGAAAAAGAAAGUGGGACAGCCAGGAAGGUCACAUGUUAAUUAAACAAGCAGCAACCUCUUUUUUUCCAAAAGAGGGAAAUUAAGAGCCCUUGUCUUUGGAAGGAAUGUCCAUUCUCAACAACUUCACAAGAGCACCAUAACAUUGUACAACCAUGGGGGGGGGGCUGCACUGUUUACACCAAGGGGGGGGGUCUGUCUCAGCCACUGCCAAGGCAAGAGCAGGUGUCCUCAAGAGUGCAGAAAGCGGUUGAAGGCAUUGUAGGCAGACUCCAAGUCAAAGAGCAUCUGCCGGACUUGAGAAUCAUCCAGUUCAUCAGAAGCUGACAUGCCGCUCAGUGUCUGUAGCCUGCAGGGAGAGCAAAACCAUCGCUAAGGCCCAGGCAGAGCUCGCAUCUUGCCUCUUCUCCCACCUGGGCUGUGUCAAGGCCUCACUCAUUUUAUUUAUACCCCACCCUUCCAGAAGGAGCCCAGGGCAGCAAACAAAACACUAAACGCACUCUAAAAUAUAUCCAAACAACUUUCCAAAAAAACCCAACUUUAAAACACCUUAAAUGAGGAUAAGGUCACAUCAUCUCCCUAUGCAUACAGGAGGAGGAGGAGGACCCACUCACCACUGGCUCACUUUCUGCCGCCCCUCGAAGUCUGUGGGCAAAUGGCUCAUGCGGUUCAUGGUCUCCAUCAAUUCCCGGAGGUCAGGCUGUAUCUGAGGAGGAAAGGGGACAGCUCAGUGGUAGCCCUUCCCUUUUCAAUCUCCCUUCGUCACAAUGGACAGGUGCAAUCCUUGAUCUCUUAAGAGCCAAGCAGUUUCCUUGACAGCAACCCACAUUCUGUGAAGUCCUGAGAAUCUCAUCUCUUAGAAAAGUGUUUCCAACCUUUUCACUAGGAAGAACAUAAACGGAGCCUUGCUGGAUUGGACCAAAGGCCUUUCUAACCCAACACCCUGUUCUCCAUAGUGGCCAACCAGAUGCCUUUUCUGGGAAAUCCACAAGCAGGAAUAGAGGACAAGAACCCUCCCCCUUGCUGCUAUUCCCAAGCUACUGGUCCUCAAGAGAUACAUCUCUGAUCCUGCAGGCAAUAUAGUAUGUAGUCAUGAUGGCUACUAGUCACUGGCAGCCUUCUGUGAAGAUGCAGGUACAGCACCAAGAGACAGCAGCUGUUGCCCUUUCCACAGCUAAGUCUAUACACACAUUUUAGGAGGGCUCUAGCACUGCAAAAGACGAUGAUGCCUCUUCAUCUUUAAGGUGCCCACAGCCACACCUUGCUCAAACUUGCUCUGUGGAGGGCAACCUCUUGGGCACAAGAGCCUCUGCUUGUUACCACUCACCUCAUCCAUGGCCCGGAUUUCUAAGCGCAGCUUGUCCAUCACUGUGAUAAAGAGCUGGAAGGGGAAAAAAAGAUCCUUCCGCUGAGGCAGAACAGAGUAGAGGGCCCCCCCAGGAGUGUCAGUUAGAAGGACCCCAAAGCAGAGUGUCUUCCGCUCUGGUUCUUCCACCCCACCCUAUCCUACCCUACCGACACAAUGUCAGCAAUGCAGCGGUUGAGGUUCCCUUUGUCGUCCUUGAUGGUGAUUGGCCGAUCUUCUUUGAUCCUUUCCAUGGCCAACGGGCAAUCGAGCUGCAAGAGUUAACAAAGAUUCUCAAAGAAGGAGGGCAAAAAUAAACAGCAGCUUUCCCAUGGGGGGGUCCCUCAAGACACCACCGCCACCACUUCAUUCCCCUCUGCCACCACAAGGCAGGCGAGGAGCUUAUCAAAAGAGCUUCGUUGUCUUUCUAGGGAUGGGGGCCGCCUUCACUGUUUUGCAUCCAGGAACGAGAAUUUGGCUUUGGCAACAGUAACGCAGCCGGGGCCAGAGCUGCUGCCGCCAUCCCCCACCCCCUUUGCAUGCAGGCCCUUCAGCAACUGUUGCUUACCCGAAACUUGCGGCAAAAGUCAUCAAUUGAGUUGAUCUCCAGGCCUUGCACCUGCUUGAAUGCAGCCUUGUACUGGACUAAGAGGCGGGAACAGGCUGCAGUGUACCUGGGAGGGGAGGCCGCUGUGAGAAAGAGCCACCCACCCUUUUCACCGUGUCGUUGGCCUCCCCCACCUUUCUCUGCUGCUGCUGCUGCUGCCUAUGCCUGCAAUGCCGCUUGAUGGGGAUGCUGGUGCGUGCCAAAAGCUGGGGGAUGGCUGCUCUGCUGCCCCACUACUGAAUUAAGUAAUGCUGCUCUAGAAGGUAAGAAUGAAAAGUGGCCUGCUGGAUGAGACCAACUCUCUCCAGCCCAACAUCUCGCUUCCUGCAGGGCACAGCCAGCUGUCUUAUCUCUGGAAGCUCGCAGGUGGGGAAUGGAGGCAACUGUUCUGUCUUGCAUCCACCCCAUCAACAAGCAUUCAGAAGAAUACUACUGACAAACAUGUAGCCCUCACUUAAUGUUGCAGCUAGUAGCCCUCAGUCCUCCGUUCUUGGUGCACUUGUGGGGUGGGCAAGAGCAGUGCAUCACAGAUCCAUCCUCUCACUCCAAAGCAGGAGGUCUGUUCCGCACAUCUUUAGUGUGGCGGCACCUACCUUGUGGAAUUCCCUCCCCUUAAAUAUUAGACAGGCACCAUCUCUGUUGUCUUUUCGGCACCUACAGAGUACUUUCCUCUUUCAACGAGUUUUUAAAGUUGAGACCGUAUCCCAGUCUGUGUUUGUG